AUGGGACAUCUCAAUGAACUAGAACGCAUUGCUAUGACUGCUAAUGGAACUCGUGCUGCUGGUACAUCAGGCUUCAAUCAUACACUUGACUAUUUGACAAACUAUUUAUCUAUUAAUACUAAUUUUAAAAUUACCAAAAGCUUUUUUCAUACACGAGAUCAUACACUCAAACAUGAUCCUAUUCUUCUAUCAUUGAUUGACGGAAAUGUCACGAAUCAUACUUAUUCAGAAGAUCUUGGUGUGGCCGAGUUCUUCAAAGUUAGAUAUUCAACGUCAGUUAACUUUUCCAAUUUUAUUCCAAUGAUUGUCAUUCCGAAUGCUGGCUGCUCGGACGCCGAUUGGAUUGCAGCAAAUCCACCGGUAGCAGGUCGUGUAGCUUUAGUUAAACGGGGCGAAUGUAGUUUUAUCGAACAAAGUAUGCUCGCCACAAAGUUUAAUGUAGCAGCGCUGCUUUUAUACAAUGAUGGAACAUCGUCCGACCGCAUGUCACCAAUGGAUAUAAGACUGGCACAAAGUAAUACUAUACCAGCAUUUUCGCUUUCGUUCAGUCUUGGAGAAAGACUUGUUAAUGCAGCUAAAAAUCCAUCGAAAAAUGCCAGUGUUCGUAUCACUAUAAUUCUAAUCAACGAUGAACCAUUUCCGGUUGGAAAUAUAUGUGCUGAUACACCCACUGGCGAUGCUACUCAGACAAUUAUAGUUGGUAGUCAUAGUGAUAGUGUGCAUGCGGGACCCGGCAUCAACGACAAUGGUGAAUUUGAAAUAUUGUAUAGAAAUAUUGAAUAUACAGAUUUCAUUCUAGGUAGCGGUAGUGCAGCUAAUCUUGCCUGGACCGUAGCUCUGGCACGUCUCUUUCAAACACCUACUUAUGCCAAAUAUAAGUAUCGUCUCCGAUUUUGUUGGUGGGGUGCCGAAGAAAUUGGUAUUCUCGGUUCGAAUUUUCAUGUUGCACAAGCUCGAAAUUCGACCGUUGUUGGUGAACGUCUGACUGACUAUGUGGCAUAUCUCAAUUUUGAUAUGCUAGGUUCACCAAAUUUAAUGUUUGGUACUUAUGAUGGUCGAACAGCAAGAAAUGACACUGCACCAUCGGCCAUUAUCGGUAGUUAUAAAAUUUCAGAGAUAUUUCGUGAUUGGUUUAUUCGACAAGGUUUGCCUUGGGAUUUUGUUGACUUCGGUUAUGGUAGUGAUUAUGCUCCAUUUUUAAACCAUGGUAUACCUGUUGGUGGUCUUUAUUCUGGUUCAGAUGAAAUAAAAACACAAGAACAGUGUGAUCGUUAUGAUCAAUUUCUUGGUCCAGGUCAAUGUGGUAUGGUCAAUGUCGAUCUUGAUUUAUGUUAUCACAAGGCAUGCGAUACAAUUCAGAAUAUCAACAUAUUUGGUUAUGAGAAAAUGAUUCAAGCAGGUGCCUAUACGAUUGAAAGUCUUGCUCGGCGACCAGAUUUGAAAUCAUGGUUAUAUUCAUGA